AUGUUCAAAAAUAGUGCUAGUAUGAAUAUCAUAGAUGCCAGUAAUAGCCAUUCCGCAGCAGCACAAUUCUUUAAGAAAUUGAAAAAAAGUAAGGAGCCCACAAAACCAUACUCAGUCAUGAUUACAGGAGGAGCUGGAUUUAUUGGCUCUCAUAUUGCUGAACAUUUUGUGAGGAAUGAACCUCUCUGUGAACGAAUUGUAAUUUAUGAUAAUUUACAUGCAACUGCACAAUCAAGUGGUAACCCCAAUGUAAAUACGAAUAGCAAUUUGGAAUUUCUGUACUCGUUGGAACAAAAGUUGAAUUCAAAAAAAAUUGUUUUUGUAAAGGAAUCUAUCAUGGAUCGAUCAGUUUUUAGAGAUACUUUGAAAAAGUAUAACAUACGAUAUGUGUAUCAUUUGGCUGCUCUGGUAUCAGUUCCAGAAUCCAUGAAAUUCCCUCAAAUGUAUUUCCAAGUGAAUACUAUGGGAACCGAUAUUGUUUUGGAGGAAAGCAGAAAAUCUGGACACGUGAAAAAAGUUGUAUUGAGCUCGUCAGCAGCUAUUUAUGGUUUGAGCCAACUGUACCAAAAUUUGAGAACAUGA